CACAGAUCGACGGCCAUGGAGACGGAGGCGGGCGGACGCAGACCUGGUUCCGGCUCCAAGAAGAGGAAGAGAGCGCCGCUCGAGGCAGCGGCCGAGGGCAGAGCCGCCGGCAACCAAGGGCCCCAGCCCGGAGCGGGAGAAGACGAAGACGAAGGGGCUGCCGAGGACCGCAUCAGCCAGAUCCCCGACGCUGUGCUGGGCGAGAUCGUCUCCCUCCUCCCCACCAAGGACGGCGCCCGCACCCAGGUCCUCGCGUCCCGGUGGCGCCACCUCUGGCGCUCCGCCCCUCUCAACCUCGACUGCGGCGGCCUCCUCCCAAUCCCAACCCACCACUCCGAUCUCGAUCGCCUCGUCUCGCGCAUCCUCGCCGCCCACACGGGCCCCGGGCGCCGCCUCUGCGUGCCCUGGAGGAACGGCCGCAAGGCCGCCAAGCUGGAAUCCUGGCUCCGGUCGCCCGCCCUCGACAACCUCGAGGAGCUCGAGUUCAACAACCAAUCACCAGGAUCCCUCUCGCGCCUUCCGGCGUCCGCCUCCCGGUUCGCCGCCACGCUCCGCCUCGUCAGAAUCGAAUCAUGCCACCUCCCCGACGACACCGUCCAGUCGCUUCGUUUCCCCCAGCUCAAGCACCUUGCACUCGUCAAGGUCGUCAUCUCGGAGGGCGCAUUGGCCAGCCUCAUUCUUGCGUGCCCCGCCAUGGAGUGCUUGCUGCUUUGGUACAUCUCCGGAGUCCGUCGCGCCCGGAUCAGCUCCCCUCGGAUCAGAAGCAUCGGCGUUAUCGCUCUAGUUGGUUCAAACUCCAUGGGCAUGCCCAACUUGGACGAACUCGUGAUCGAGAAUGCCCCAUCUCUUGAAAGGCUGCUCCACUUCAACCUACGCGAUGACCUGCGAGUAUCGGUGAUCGACGCGCCUAAGCUGGAGACCUUCUGCAUCGUUCAGAACGAUCGUUUCAGCUUCGGCAGGAUCGUCGAGCAUGUAGGUGCUGAUAGCCCGACAACGAUGGCGCGCACCGUCAAGAUCUUGGCAUUCAGUGUGCGCUUUUUUAGUCUGGAUAUGAUUGUUGAUUUCAUGAGACUCUUUCCCUGCCUGGAGAAGCUGUACAUACAGAAUAAGUGUAAUACUCUUUUCCGGUCAAUGUCAAGGAAGAAAGGGCCGAAGAAUUGCUGGCGUCGCAAACAUCGGAACCUUGAUAUCACAUGCCUUGAUACUCAUCUGAAGACAAUAGUGUUGGAAUCCUAUCGGGGGGUUCUGUCUGAAGUUAACUUCGCCACAUUCUUCGUACUGAACGCGAGAGUGCUCGAGUCGAUGACGUUUCAGGUGAAAAACAUCGACGAGGAGUUCAUCGCGAAACAGCAGAAGUUGCUUCAGGUGGAGAACAGGGCCUCAAGGGGUAUUGAGUUUCACUUCACGGAUGAUAGAUGUCUUCGGGAUUUUCCGGAUAUCCGCCACGUCCGUGAUUUGGAUCUGACCGAUCCCUUUGUGCGUUGAGUCGUCGAUGCCGCGACUGGAUUCAGUGUGCUGAAGAGGUGUCCAUGUCUUUCUCAUUUUGUGCUAUCGUGGACC